AUGGAACCUGUCAUCGAACUUGUCUAUGAAGGUCUCUACAUGCUGCGCAUCGAGCUGAGCUUCUUGGUGGCUCUCGCCUUUCUAUGGGUGGCGGGCCAGUCACUGAGCAACAAGCGUGUCGAUCCAGUCAAGGCCCGUAAGGCUCCAGCUCCACGUCGUGGAACGACUCGGCGCGCCAACGUGGAUGAGACUCUCACACCCUCCACCGUUGACCCGAAGAAGCUCCAAGACCCUUCAUGGGUCGUGGCGCAGGUGGCUGCUCUUUGCCGCUCUCAAGUUCAACGUGCAAUGGAAUUGUACCGAGAGAUGUCCGCGAAUGACUGUCAGCAACUCUACUCACAUUUGGUCACUGCUGCCAUCCGUGUGGGGCAAGCUGAUGAUGCCUUGAACCUCAUGAAGGACCUCCGGCGCUUUCAAGAAGUGGAUGUCGCUUUGCUGGCCUCGGCCACAAAGCUUUGCACCUCCAAGCAGCUUUUUGCAGACUGCUUGAGCAUCUAUGACUUCACAUCGCAAGAUCCUAAACUUGAAGUUCAGGACAAGAGUGUAUGGAGUUGCUUGCUCUUCUGUGCUGUCGAGACCAAGAGCUAUCAUCGGUGCUCCUUCUUCUUCGAGCGUUUGAGAACCUAUGGCUCUCCAUCUCCAAAGGACUUUGGCAACAUGGUGCGAUACGCUUCAAGUACAAGCAACUGGCGGUUGGCAUUGCAUCUCAUUGACGACAUGCAGAAGGCACAAGUGGAGGUGGACAGCGUGGUGUACAACACAGUGCUAGCGGCUUGUGUAAGUGCCGAACAGCUCGACCAGGCCCGUAAGCUCUUGGAUCAAAUGGUUGCAGCUGGAGGAGUCACCGAUGUCAUCACCUACAAUACGCUGGCUAAGGGGUAUGCCAAAGCUGGUCGCAUGGACAUGUGCUUCGAAUUGUACCAGCUGAUGCGUUCGCGUGGCCUCAGCCCAUCUCAAGUGACCUAUGGAAUCCUGCUGGAUGGCUUUAUCAACGACAAUGAGGUGGAUAAAGCGGUGGACAUUUUCAACACCAUGCGCACGGAGGGCUGCCAAAUGAAUACGGUGCUCUACACAACUCUCAUCAAAGGCUUUGCACGAGCAGGGCAAGUGGACCAAGCUGUGCAAAUCUAUGAGGAGAUGCGAAAGGAAAGGUCCAUGCAGCCAGACGUCAUCACAUUCUCGAUCCUCAUCAAAGCAAAUUGCGAUGUGGGCAGGCUAGAAGAAGCUCUGAAGAUGCUACUGGCCAUGAAGGAGGCAGGACUCAAGCCGGACGAGGUCGUCUUCAACAACCUGUUGGGCGGCUGCAUCAACGACUGCAAGCUGGAAUUGGCCAAGGACCUAUACAAGGAGAUGAUUGCCUCCAAUGUUAAGCCAUCUGUAGCAACCUUUUCAAUCCUGAUUCGCCUGUAUGCUCAAUGUAAGCAUUGGGAUGAAGCAGUAGACUUGUUGCGCCAGGAGCUGCCAUUACAAAAGGUCUCGCCGGAGCCACGACUUUUUGGUCAGUUGGCACAGUGCUGCCUUCGUGAUCGGCAGGGCCGUCGAGCCAGUGAGGUCUACAAGAUGCUGACAGAGAGCUCCACACCAACUGCUGCCAUGAACAGCACUUUGCUUGGGAUGUGCGCCAAGCUGAAUAUGCUGGACACAGGUGCUGAGAUCAUGCACUUGGCUGCUGAUGCCAACUCACGGGUGGACCCCCCGUGCACAAGGGCGGUCGACGUGAAAAAAGAGCAAGCGCCUACUGUGCAAAACACCAAGGUCAAUGCAGACUACCUGGGCAGUGGUGCCAUUUUUUGCUACGCCUACAAAGGCAAGUGGAUCUAUCUUCUGCUGGUGACUGCAUUCGCUCCGGCGCUGACGGUGUGGCUGUGGUGGCUUGCCGAGAGUUUCGAAAUGUUUGGAGUGAAGCAAGAUGCCCUCGGUGUCAGAGUGGUUUCCUUCCAGGUUCGUGGCUUGCUGAAGAGCGAUGGUCCUGAGGAUUCUGAGGCCAAAGCUAAGGAAACAUGCCCGAGUGAGCCGGUAAAGCCCGAGAAGCUGGACAUGGAGGUACCAGCCGCUUCCCAGGAUGGGAACAUUGCUGAGACAGCAGAGCCGGAGGAUUCUCGGCUACUGGCUUUGCUGAGUGAUCUGCCUUCCACAAGCCAGCAAUCUUUGUUGCCCCUGCUGCGACGUUUUGGUAAGGAGAGGCUCACAGAGGUGCUUGCCUUGUACCGUUUCCUUGGAGAUGGCGACUCAAGGCCCUCCUCUUUGCGCCGACGGUGUGGUUGUGCUCUGCAUAUUUGGGGCCCUGCAGGAGUUGGGAAGACUGGAGUGGUCGCAGGCUAUUUGAAAGAGCUGGGAUUUAAGUACGUUUGGCUUAAUUGCUACUGUAUUCUAUCCCAAGCAGACUUGCACAGGAAGUUAGCGAUGGGCGUGACACGCCUAGCAGAGGAGGCUCAGCAAGCCGCCUUGUCCAAGCUGGAAAGUCUAGAGGCGAAGCUUCCUCAACAACUGCGGGCUAUAGAUCGAUUAGAGGGAGCCUUGAAAGCGCCGGUGGCAGAGUUGAGCCGUCUGAAGUGUAGCCAGGUCCUUGUUGUCCUCGAUCAUGUGGAGGAGCUUGUCAGUCGAUUGGGGCUGCCAGCGUUGGAGCAGCUCCUUGCGCUGCCAGAGAUCCUAAGCUUUGGGGACAUGCUGGUGCCGCUGACCAUUAGCCGGGUUGCUUUGAAGAGCUUGGGUCUUCACUCAACUCGCGAGCCUCCACAUGUGUCGUUUGAGCCGUACUCAGAAUCGGACACCCUCGAGCUACUUCUGCGCUGUUUGGCCAAGAAGGCUGAGAGGAAGACUCUCACCUUUGUGGUGUAUGGCCUGCAAAAGGACACCCGCUUGCUCUUUUUCUUCAUUCGAGCUAAGCUGAAGCUCGAGCACAUGCGAUACUGCAUCAAGCUUUCAGUAGCCAUUCUCACCUUGACUGCUGUGGCCAAUGUGUUUUUCUGCAUUCCGAGACGCUCAGACCCGGCAUCGCCCGCCGCUUCUGAGGGGGUCUCGGAGGCGCAACAGGGACUUCGACAGAAGGAGGGGCGGGUUGACACCCAUGCGCUGACCGGACUUAGAGGAUUUGCGGCCUUGCAUGUUGCUCUGGGUCAUUAUUGCGCGAUCUCGCCGGUCCAUGUGGACUUGAUUGGUGGUGCUUCCAUGAGUUUCUUUUACCUCCUGUCUGGCUUUGUCAUGACUCUUGGUUAUGCGAAAGAUUUAGUAGCAGCUGAUAGCAGCAGCAACCUCGCCAACUUUAACAAGCGGCGCUUUUGGCGAAACCGAUUUGCUAGGCUUUUCCCAAUGUACAUGCUGACAAACAUCGUGUACUUUCUGGUCCUCCACUUCAGUUGGCAGGGUCCGGGGAUGCUUUCAUCGACAAACUUUGACUGGAACCUGGCCUUGACUUUCUUGGGAUUGAACAUGUGGAUCUAUCCUUUGGAUGCCUGGCUGCCUACAGAUGCCGUGUGCUGUCAACAUCAGGUAGCUUUGCCAAGCAAUUUUGUUACCUGGACGGUGCAGACGAUGGCAGUGUUCUACAUUGUAUUUCCUUACAUGCUCCCUUGGCUGAAAGCGGUGAAGAGACGCCGACUUGUCAUCCAUAUGCUCUUCUGGCUGCAAGCCGUGACUUUCCUAUCCAUAGUCUCAUUCGGAGUUUUCGCACUGAAGAACUUCAAUGUGGGUUACUGGAGUGCUCGGGCUUGGCCUUUGAGCCGUAUCCCUGUCUUUGCCAUGGGAUGCCUUGCAGCAGUGGAGCGAAUUCAUGGUGGAGGCCAUGUGACCUGCCGCUUUCGCACUGCCGAUGCUGGCGGUGAAGCCAGAAGAUGGGGUUGGCGUGCCUCCGUGCUGGGUGCAUGCUAUGUCCUCAUCCUGACUGCCGGUGUGGUACUGAACGAGGUUCCGGUCAAAUCUGCCACUUUUGCACGACUGCGUGACCCUGUCAUUCGAUCUCUUUUGGAGGCACUGGUGCCACUCUUGUUCAUCGACCUCAUUUUGGCAUUGACCCAUUGUGGAGAGAGUGGCAUCCUGGCCCGUGUUUGCCGGAGCAAGCCCAUGGAAUGGAUGGGAGACAUUGCAAUGUCUUUCUACAUGGUUCAUUUCAGUGUGAUUCUGAUUGUAUCGAUGUUUGUGCCGCAACACUUGCAAGCCGUCUCUUGGUGGAUGGUCGUGGGAAGCUUUGCGCUGGCGAUGCUCCUGG